AUGAAAUUCUUAGAAAUUGGCAGUAUAAUCAAAACAAACGCCUUGCUCUCAAGGCUUCAGGCCUUUGAUCCAAGAAGAAGUUUAGAAAUUGAAGCAUACUCGUGUAAACAAACUAGGGAACAAAAGAAGCACAAGACCAUUCCAAAGCCACUUAGAUUCUACGUUUCUGCACUGGAGCUUGCCUUUCCCUAUUACGAUUUUUCAACGAUGACUAAGGAGUCAUUUAGGAACAUAUCACAUGGCAUGCUGAAGAAUGAGCUCUCUUUUGUAUUUUUUACCAUGUAUAAGAACCACGAGGAUGUAGAAGAGUUUGUUUCCUACUUAGAUGCACUACUUGAGCAGUGUGUUGAUGUGAAAAGAGCGCAGUUCUUCAUUGUGGAAGAUAACAUGCUGGAUGAUCUUGAUUUUCACAGAAUAUUCAUGGUGUAUGACAAAAGAAAGAGGAGGGUGCUAAUAAUCAAGUCUAUUCUUGAAAAGGAGGCAGAAGUAGCACAGUAA